ACUCCCACUACUGAGACUAUAAAAACUCACAAUGCAGGCUUGUAACAGGUGCUUGGAGCAGCUAGAAAACGCAGACAGAUUCCUUGUGUUUUUUUCUGUCCUGAACUCCUCACUACAGCAAGGAAAAUGAAGCCAGUUGUGCUCCUCAUAAUGAUGCUUUCAGCUGUAGGAUUGGAUGCCACUGUAACAAAGAAAGCAGAAACAAAGGAAGCCCAAGACAAGCACACAACUCCAACCCCGAAUAAAGAGCCUCAAACUCUCUCCAGAGGAUGGGGUGAUGACCUUGACUGGGUCCAGACGUAUGAAGAAGGACUGGCUAAAGCAAAAGAAGAGCAGAAAACCCUUAUGGUGAUUCAUCAUUUAGAAGAUUGUCCCUACAGUCAAGAUUUAAAGAAAGCCUUUUCUUCUCAUCAAGAAAUUCAAAAAUUGGCAAAAAAAUUUAUCAUGCUGAAUUUAGUGUAUCCUCCAACAGACAAAAAUCAGGCACCUGAUGGGUACUAUGUUCCCAGAAUUAUAUUUGUUGGCAAACUCAAUGAAGUAUCUGACAAAGUGAAAAGAGUCUUCGGUGCUGAUAAGGUAAAGAAAGAACGAAGAUGUUGGGCUAUGGUAUGGCUGUUCAUAGGUUCACAGGUGUAUACGAGGCUAACAACCACUGAGGCCUUUAUAAGCCUAGGUAUGCAUCCCAAAUGCAUUCCAUACGUUUUUCAGCAUUAA